CUUUGGAUCUGCCCCUGCUUCUGCGACUCACAUUGAAGAAUAUUUUUACUGAUGAUAAUCACUAUCAUCAUGUAUGAAUUCUGUAUAUGUUUUUUGGUUGGCUUAUAUCAAUGAAGUUGGAUUUUUUCUUGAGAAAAAUCCUAACAUUUCUGCAAUGUUGCUCGGACUCUUCAAAAGUAUCGACGGGUGCGUGUCGGACACUUCAAAAAUAAUGCAUUUUUGAAAAAUCCGACACGGGUGCGGCAACGAAAGUGAAGAGUCUGCGCAACUUAGCUUUUCUGACCUUCGGAGUUUUUGAGAUAAUCAGUGUCGAAAACAGUAGGUAGAUUAAAGAGAAAUCAAAGAAGAUAUGGAAGAUUGGGAGGAUGUACCAGUUCCAGAUCUUCUCAAAAAGGUGCAACCAAGGAGCAAGUGGGAUGAUGAAGAUGCGGAUGAUAAUGACGUAAAGGACUCUUGGGAAGAUGAACCUGCUUCGGCAGCUAAACCAGAACCGCCUGUUGAGAAAGCCCCUAAAAAGUCUGCUGCCGAAUCCAUUGAAAAGAAAGGCAAGGAGGUUAAAGUUGAUACCAUGGAGGUGCCUCUAGAUCCAGUAGCUGAAAAACUCGUCAACAAAGGUUAAAACUUUGCACAAUCUUUUAUUUCGUAGCUGCAGAUUUUAGAUACUUAAAAUGAGAAGCACACCGCCUGAAUUAGCUGAGAAGAAGUUGGUGUAGUGUUGAGACAGCGCAAGUGAAACUAUGUAGAAGGGGCAUGAAAGCAUGCUUAACCGGAGUCAAGUUAUACUCGUUAACUGUUAGCUGAUGUUGUUCAUUCCCGGAUAUCAUCUUUAUGAUCUUUUUGAUGGGUGAUCCGGAUACCAUCUUCUUGUGAAAUAGAACUUAUAGUAUGUGGGUUAGGUGGUUAGUUUUCAAGUAAUGAUUUCUAUUUUUAUACUGCAACUCCAACUAUCUUCCUUGUUAACAAAAUAAGCUGUCGUCUUUAAUAUUGUCUUCCAUAAUGUUCUACAACUAUGUGUUUGAUAUCCAAUUUUUCUCUACGACCUCAUUUUAACUAGAUUAUGAUAUCCGAAGGGGAGCCUUGGCGUAAUUGGUAAAGUUUGUGACCAAGUGAUUACAAGUUCGAGCCGUGGAAACAUCCUCUUGCAGAAUGCACGGUAAGACUACAUACAAUAGACCCUUGUGGUCCAGCCCUUCCCCGGACCCCGCACAUAGCGGGAGUUUAGUGCACCAGACUGUCCUUUUUAGAUGAUACCAGAUACUUUCAUCCAGCUAAAAAUUACACUUCUAUUUCUUCCCUAUCUAAUUUGUUGUUUCAUCUCCCGAUGGUGGUGCAUAUCAUUUGCAUGUCUUGCAUACUCAUGCAGACUUCUUGUCUCAUCUUAUCUCUCUUUUACAGGCUUGUGGAAGAAGCUGAUUAUAGGUCCACAGCAGAAUUGUUUUCUAGGAAAGGUGGUGAUGAUAAGAUCCUAAAUAAUUUUAUUCCCAAGAGCAAGAGUGAUUUCUUGGAAUAUGCUGAGCUAAUUUCUCAUAAGCUGCGGCCAUAUGAGUUUUGUCAAAUUUGUUUAUACGUGGUCGUGGUUAUCUGAUGUUGUUGGUUGUCGGAGCCUUGAUUCUGAAUUAGGAAUAUUACGCUUCCCAUUUUGCAGAAGAGUUACCAUUACAUUGGACUGCUCAAGAAUGUUAUGAGACUGUCGAUGACUGUGUUGAAAGGGUAAGAUGCUAAAGAUAUUGCUUCUUCUGUUACUGCCAUGGCAAACGAGAAGCUUAAAGCUGAAAAGGAAGCCAAUGCGAGUAAAAAGAAGUCAGGUGCAAAGAAGAAGCAGAUUCAUGUUGAUUAGCCAGAUGAUGAAGCAGUAGUUAAUGCAUACGAUGGUUAUGACGAUUAUGAUUUCAUGUGAGGGAAACUUAGAAAAUCAUGUGAAUAGAACACCUCUUAACCACAAACCAUUAGACGAUCUUCAAUUUACAUGUGUAAAAAUGAGGAUCCCGCGGCCUGUCUUCUCUCUGAAUUCGUCAUUUUUGUGGUCAAGUAGGUUGGGCAAUUGUCGAUAAGUUAAUAGUGGUAGGUUUAGCUUUCUCUUGUAUGAUGUGAAUGUCAGGACAGAGCAGAUCAGCAUUCUCUUGUAAUGUGGCUGUCAAACUGGAAGAUUCAGUAUUCGUAUUUAUGAUGUGACUUUCAGAUUUUGAAUCUACAGAUUUU